CUGGUCGUGGGGGGGCGCACAGAGUCCGCCACAUGCGCACGUACGGAGGCACACACACACACACGUUCUCAACACUCUGGCUUGGCAGCAAAAAGCCCCCGCAGGACGCUGGCCUCCCUCAGCACCCACCCCUGCUGGUGCCCCUCUAAGAGUAUGUAUGUACACUGAUCUCUCCAUAUCUUUCGAACAUUUGACCCGAAUGGACCGCAAAAAACGGCUUCCCGACGCUACUUGCUCUUGCCGCCCCGCAUGAGUGUUGACGCCACCAGCAUUGUGGUUGCACCCGCACAGGCGAGGAUGGCCCAGCCCAGCAGCUGGGCCAUCAGCAGCUGCUGGGCGUAUUCGUCAUGGCUGCCGACCCUAGGGAAGGGCUGGUCGGGCUGCUCACACAUCAGAAACUUGCACAGCGGGCCCCAGCCUUGUUCGAUCUGUAUCAGGGAGGUGAAAGUGAGGACGGAUGGAUGGAUGUGUGGGGUAACUAACUGCCCACACGUGUGUGUGUCGGUGACCUGGUAGAAUAGAAUGGCUCUGCGAGGGUUGAUGUGCUGUAUGAUGGAGUCGAGGUGGCCCCUGUGCCGCUCGAUGGUCUUCUCGCGGUCGAUGAUGCCGCGACGACGGUCGCCCUCAAACCACUACCACCAUACACACACACACACACACACACACACAGAGGGGGGUGGAUUCAUAACCGUCUGCAGACCAUCCCACCAGGCUCUUCUCCCUGCUGGCUGACCUUGCGGGCCUUGUCCAGGGCCAGGUGCAUGGAGACUAGGGCAUGUUGGUGGAACACGAGUGUGCUGAGGUAGGCAGGGAAGGACAGCAGGACCGACGGCAAGCGGAAGACUGUCCUCUCAGCCGACUCAAACCAUCCAUCGAGGCCGCGUGUGGUCACUAUCACCUGGACAGGCGCAACACACACACUCGUGUCAUGACUGUGCCCGUGCAUUGCCAUCCACCCAUCGUAUGCCUCACCCACCCUCGCGCCAGGGUAUUUCCUCAGCAGCUCUUUGUAGUAGAGGGCAGCGGGGUACCCGACGGCAGCUCUGUAGCCUGAAGGAAAACAGGAAUCGACUCAUCCGAACACACCCGCACGAGCCAGCCACGGGCCCAUGCACCCACCACGGAAGACGCCAUCCCAAUCGACCGCAUGAAUGGACUCGGGAGAGGCAACCUGCUCGCACAAACGAAGCGGACAGCACAGAGCUGACGGUGCCUGAGUGGUUUUCAUGGAAUGCAGCCUCCCUUCCCUCACCCCAUCUUCAGCGAUUUUCCGCCACAGCUCCGCCAACUUGGGCUGCCGCUCGAUAUCGUACACGUGGAGGCUGGAGAUGCCGAGCGCCUCGAGUGCAGCCUUGAGGCUCAGCGUGCCCGUGCGUGGCAGACCGACAGCUAUCACCUCGAGGCCUCGCCAAUCUGAGUCGUUUUGGCUUUCAUUUGGGGUGCUUUCAGAGAUGCCAGGCUUCCUCUCCUGGGUCUUCGGGCUGGAGAU